AUGAACGAAGAUGAGAGGAUCCAAGAUAUCUACAAGAAGAUUGAGAGAGAGAAGGCUCUCAUCAAUGCCGCCAAUGCUAUGCGAUCGCAGACAAACAAUGAGGCCGUUCGCUCCAGACUCGACUCCCAGAUGCGCGAUGGCCGCCGCAAUCUGCAAUUUUUCGAGGAGAAGCUUCGUGAGCUUCAGAUGCGCAAGGUGAACCAGGGCAUGGACAACAUGGCUAUUGGCCCAGAUGGCAGGCCUGUCAGCGGCGGAAUCCAAAUCGGAGGACACAACGACUUGAUGCCACCGCGGCAUCCUUACGGACCUCCCGCCCCCGGCCCCUCUGGCAACCUCUCGCGGCCUAGGCCAAACUUUACGAAGCUAGACUUGAUCAAAUACGAUACGCCCUACCUAGGCCCCCGCAUCCAGCUUAUGCUGUCCCAGAUCCAGUUCAAGCUCAACGUCGAGGAACAGUAUCUAAAGGGCGUUGAGAAGAUGGUGCAGCUCUACAGUAUGGAAGGCGAUAGGAAGAGCAAAGCUGAUGCGGCUGCACGUCGAGUUGAGAGCAAGCAGAAGAUUGUGCUGCUCAAGCAGGCCUUGAAGAGAUACGAAGAGCUACAUAUCGAUAUCGAUUCCGCCGAGUCCCCUGAUGAUGACUCGAUCAACCUGCCCAAUCUCCGAAAGCCCUUGACCGGCCAGCUCACCAUCCGAAUUGUUGCCGUCAAGGAUGUGGACCACGCCGCCACAAGUCGUUUCGCUAGAGGCCCGGAGACGUUCGUCUCGGUCAAGGUUGAGGACAAUGUCGUGGCCAGAACCCGCGCCUCCCGUAACGAUAGAUGGGAGUCUGAAUAUCAUAGCCUCGACGUUGACAAGGCGAAUGAGGUCGAGCUCACCGUCUACGAUAAACCUGGAGAGCAUCCCCUGCCAAUCGGCAUGUUGUGGAUCAGAAUAUCCGAUAUUGUAGAAGAGAUGCGACGGAAGAAGAUCGAGGCCGAAAUCAACAACUCGGGUUGGGUCUCCGCUGAUCGUAUGGUUAGCCAGGGCGGCCAGGCUCCUCCGCAGUUCCCGAUGAGUCCACAGCAACAGCAGUUCGGCGGCUCUGGCCAGAAUAGCCCCGGGCCUCAGGGAGGCGGCGGCAUGGCGGGCGCUCAUCCGCCCAUGCCCAACUCCGGACCGAUCGACGGAUGGUUCAACCUAGAGCCUAGUGGCCGAGUGCAGCUGUCCCUGAGCUUUAUCAAGCAGAACAAGGAUCGCCGGCCCAUUGACCUUGGUCUUGGGCGAAAGGGCGCCAUCCGCCAGCGGAAGGAGGAGGUCCACGAGAUGUACGGUCACAAGUUUGUGCAGCAGCAGUUCUACAACAUUAUGCGCUGUGCUCUUUGCGGCGAGUUCCUCAAGUACUCGGCAGGGAUGCAGUGCGAGGAUUGCAAGUACACUUGCCAUACCAAAUGCUAUGCAAGCGUUGUCACCAAAUGCAUCAGCAAGAGCAACGCGGAAACCGAUCCGGACGAGGAGAAGAUCAACCAUCGCAUCCCGCAUAGAAUAGUAGAAAAUGUUCUGUGCGUGCACCUUGUGCCCGACUUCUGCGGCAUGUCAAUGGCUGUGGCCAACCAGAUCCUGGAGGGCAUCCGAACUCAGAAGCAACGAAAGCAAGAGAGGGCGUCCAUGGCUGAGAGGACCCUACGACAGGAAGCUGCGGAAGCCGCCAAACUUACAUUCGCCAACCAGCAUCAGUCUCAGCAGGUCCAAGCGGAUCGCGUAUCCAUCUCCUCAAGCUCUACUGCGGCAACCGCCGCCGCCUCUGCCGCCAUGUCUGGAAAUACAGCCCGCACAUCACAGUCUCAGGAUUACGACCGCUAUAGCUACGGAUCGCAACAGCCCCAGCAGCAACAGCAGCAGCAGCAGCAAUCCCCAGAAAGCCCCUACGGCCAGGGCCAACAAUACGGCGCAGCACCUCAGCAGAGGAAGUAUAAUCCGGCGGACUAUGCCAACGUCAACGCCCCGCAGUAUGCUCAACAGCCCCAGCAGCAGCAGCAGCAACAGCAACAGCAGCCAAUCCAGCACCAGCAGUCCAUCUCCCACCAGACAUAUCAGCAGCAGCAAUCGCCGUACUAUGCGCAGCAGACUCACCAACAAACACCUCAGCCACAACAGCAGCAGCAGCAGCAGCAGCAGCCGUUGUCUCCUCAGCACCAGCAACAGCAACAGCAGCAUUAUGGAAAGCCUCCCGCGGGCGAACCUCUCCCGUCGCCACAUACAACAAGUCCUGUAGACCUCUCGGUGGCCCAACGCAAGCCUCUCCCAUCCGCAACGGAUCCUGGCACUGGACAGAGGAUUGGCCUCGACCACUUCAACUUCCUCGCUGUCUUGGGCAAAGGUAACUUUGGAAAGGUCAUGUUGGCCGAAACGAAGAGGAGCAAGCGUCUUUAUGCGAUCAAGGAAUUCAUCAUUGAAAACGACGAAGUUGAGAGCAUCAGGUCGGAAAAGCGAGUCUUCCUGGUUGCGAACCGAGAGCGCCACCCCUUCCUCACCACCCUUCACGCUUGUUUCCAAACCGAGACCCGAGUCUACUUCGUCAUGGAGUACGUGAGCGGAGGCGAUCUCAUGCUGCACAUUCAACGCGGGCAGUUCGGUACUAAGCGCGCCCAGUUUUACGCGGCCGAGGUCUGUUUGGCGCUCAAGUACUUCCACGAGAACGGAGUCAUCUAUCGAGACUUGAAGCUUGACAAUAUUCUGCUCACUCCUGACGGACAUAUCAAGAUUGGUGACUACGGUCUCUGCAAGGAAGAUAUGUGGUAUGGGUCGACGACGAGCACUUUCUGCGGAACUCCUGAAUUUAUGGCGCCGGAGAUCUUGUUGGACAAGAAGUACGGACGAGCCGUAGACUGGUGGGCGUUUGGUGUAUUGAUCUACCAGAUGCUUUUGCAGCAGUCACCAUUCCGAGGUGAAGACGAGGAGGAAAUUUAUGACGCCAUUCUCUCGGACGAGCCUUUGUACCCGAUCCACAUGCCUCGCGACUCGGUCUCGAUUCUCCAAAAGCUGCUCACUCGGGAGCCAGAUCAGCGACUUGGCAGUGGCCCAACGGAUGCGCAAGAAAUCAUGAGCCAGCCCUUCUUCCGCACCAUUACUUGGGAUGAUAUCUACCACAAGAGAAGCCCCACGGACACUAGCAACUUCGAUUCCGAGUUCACGAGCGUUACUCCCGUUCUUACUCCCGUCCAGUCAGAUACCGAAAUCGACUGGGUCGCCUACAUGGAGCAGGUGAAGCAGUUCCUCGACGGCGAGCGCAACUAUGCCCGAAUCGAGGGCGGCACCGGGCCGCUCGUGUACCCGGCGGCUCACGUCUACACGUACACGGCGCUGUACCAUAUUACGGAUGAAGGGAGAAACAUUCUCCUUGCGCAGCGGAUUUUCGCGGGCUCUACCUCGCUACGCUCGCACUUGUCAUGGCUUGCACCUCCCUACAUCUUGCCUUUACUUGUGCUCUCGAAACGGCUGCACAGCGUCUUCAUGCUCCGGUGUUUCAACGACUGCUUCGCGGCCUUCUUCCUCUGGCUGGCCAUCUUCCUCUUCCAGCGGCGGUACUGGACGUUUGGGAGCCUCGCGUAUACCUGGGGCCUCGGGAUCAAGAUGUCGCUGCUGCUGGGCCUCCCGCGGGCGUUUGAGCUCACGCGCCAGUUCAAGUACGAGUGGACGGUCAAUAUGCGGAUGCUCAGCGAGGAAGCCUUUUUGAGCAAGACGUUGGCGGUGGCCUUGCUCGCGUACCACGCGGCUGACCUGUCGCUGUUCGUAACCAGGCGAUGGCUCGCGCCCGCGCAGAAACCGCUCAAGGACAUUGUGUCGCCGAUGCUGCGGGCCAAGUCGCCGUUUACAGAGCAAGAAGAGAGCAGAAUAUCGCAAAAGAUAUCGCCGCGGUUCGUGCUCACUACGAUUUUGGCGGCUAUGAAUAUCGGCAUGCUCUUCGCCAGGUCCCUGCACUACCAGUUUUACGCGUACCUUGCCUGGUCCACGCCUUUCCUCCUUUGGAACGCCGGCCUCCACCCCGUUGUCGUGUAUGCGGCGUGGGGGCUGCAGGAGUGGGCAUGGAACGUGUUCCCGAGCACACCAGCCAGCUCAAGCGCCGUGGUCUUUGUUUUGCUGCUCGCAGACCGAGCCACAUGGAUGUGGGGUUAUCGGGCGGAGGAGCAGUUAAGCGGGACAGGGACCGGGGUGGAGGGCUUGAAGAAGUCGAAGAAGGCUUGA